AUGGACCCAUCAUCACAAAAUUCUCCAAUAUCAACAACUCCACCUACACCUAGUGAAUUUGAUAAUAACCAUCACGCAGCUGAUAUUCGUACGGCUGUUAAUAUACUUACUUCUGUUCAUUCAUCAAAACUUCACAAGGGAAAUAAUAGUAAUAAUAACAAUGACUCAACUUCUACCAGUUCUUCUGGAAACUCUCUUAUUAAUAAUCAUCAUAAAGUAACUAAAAGAACAUCUUCUAAACCGCCUCGUCAAUUGCAAUGCUUUAACUGUGGUAUUAAGAAUACUCCUCUUUGGCGGAGGACUCCAGAUAGAAUGCAUUCGCUUUGUAAUGCUUGUGGUUUAUAUUAUAAACAAUAUCAUGUUCACAGGCCGCUUCACAUCAUACACAAGACAAGAACUUCAUCAUCUAAAUCAUAUCCAUACAUUUUACCAGCAAUGAAAGGUGAGGAUGAUGACACUGAUGCCAUGAUGGAUGAUAUGUCAGAUAUGUCAUCUGAACAUCUUGGCCAUGAAUCAAAUUAUGAUGAUUAUGGUUUGGACAGAAAUUGUGUUGAAUCUCCGAUAUACAGUGGCGCUAACUCGAUUGAAACCCAAAACACCACCCCCAUUUUAUCACCUACUUUACCGCCAUUAAUAUCAUCACCAUCUUUAUCAUUUGAUAUGCAAAUACAAUGUGCGAAUUGUGGUCAAACCCAAACACCACUUUGGCGAAAAAAUGACAAGGGACAACCACUUUGUAAUGCAUGUGGAUUGUAUGCAAAAUUACAUAAUAGAGACAGACCUAUUGCUAUGAGAAAAGCAAAGAUUCAACGUAGACGUAGAGACUGGAAUAAAUAUAAUCAGUUGGAUGAAGUUUCACCGUCACCAGAUAUUGCUGCACAGGCUCUUUUGAUUUUAGCGACUGCUGCUGCAAGAGAUUGGAAAAAGAGGUAG